GGACUUCCUCCCGGAAUCCCGUUGGCCAUGAUAGCGGGGCCGUGGGUGACACGUAAGUUGGGUGGGAGGUGGCGGGCGGCUGGAGCUGCCAGAUCAGUGACACCGGCCCACCGCCCCCCUUAACCCAACCACACCAACCAGUUCCCCAUCUCUUCACCAUCCCUGGGGGACCUUGCGAGAGGACGCCGCAGGGAGCCAGGUCCCUUUGUUGGGCGCGCGUCCCCUACCCGUUGUAGUGACAAAGUCCAGCAGCAGGAGCCGGCGCGAGGGGCGGGGACUCACGGUGGGGACAGCGAGGCCAAAAAGUGGGGAGUAGGGAAAACCGAGCCGGCAGCGUGCGGGGAACCGUAGCGAGGUGCAGCGGGCUCUGAAGUAUGCAAAGGGACUCCACGCGGGCCCAGCCACUCGUGGAGAUCAGACAUCGCAGAAGUUUGGUGGCUGCUGGCCGGGUGGCGUCGAUGACCUGGCGCCCCGCCGCCCGCGGGGGCUGAGCGGCCGCCUCUUUCCCUCUGGUCCUGCUUUUGUGUCUCGCGUCUUCUGCUCAUGCCGAGUCCAGCUACUUCUCCCGGUGGCCGCUGCUGAGCUGUCCGACAUAGCCCAGGACUGAGGACACGACGGCUCCCGCCGCCGCAGCGCGGGGCGCAGGAGGGACUAUGGGAAACGGGAUGUGCUCCCGAAAGCAGAAGCGGAUCUUCCAGACGCUGCUGCUACUCACGGUGGUCUUCGGCUUCCUCUAUGGCGCGAUGCUCUACUUGGAACUGCAGACGCAGCUGCGCAAAGCCGAGGCAGUGGCGCUCAAGUACCAGCAGCACCAGGACUCACUCUCUGCCCAAUUGCAAGUUGUAUAUGAACAUAGAUCAAGAUUAGAGAAAUCUUUGCAAAAAGAAAGGCUUGAACACAAGAAAGCAAAGGAAGAUUUCCUUGUUUAUAAGUUAGAAGCACAAGAAACACUUAACAAAGGAAGGCAAGAUUCCAAUAGCAGAUACAGUGCAUUGAAUGUCCAACAUCAGAUGCUGAAAAGUCAGCAUGAGGAGCUGAGGAAACAGCACAGUGACCUGGAAGAGGAACAUCGCAAGCAAGGGGAAGACUUCAGUAGAACAUUCAAUGACCACAAGCAGAGAUACCUGCAGCUUCAGCAAGAAAAAGAACAAGAACUUUCUAAGCUAAAAGAAACUGUAUAUAAUUUGAGAGAAGAGAAUAGACAACUAAGAAAAGCACACCAAGACAUUCACACACAGCUUCAAGAUGUCAAGCAACAGCAUAAGAAUUUACUCUCCGAGCAUGAACAGCUUGUAGUGACUUUGGAAGACCACAAGAGUGCACUGGCUGCUGCGCAGACUCAAGUUGCAGAAUAUAAACAACUGAAAGACACACUGAACAGGAUUCCAAGCUUUCGAAAUUCUGACCCAGCUGAGCAGCAAAAUGUCACCUUUCCCCAUGGGACUCACCCUCCUCAAGGAGACAGUGUAAGAGAGAAGCUGACAGGAGAGCUCCCACAGGCGCAGCAGAACCAGGAAGCAGUGCCUAGAAGAGUGGAAGAAAAACCUCUGUCUGCCAUGCAGAAAGGUGCAGGAUUUCAGGCUCUAGAAGAGCAGAAUCAAGUAGAACCGAGAGAGCCAGAGGAGCGUCAAGUGGAAGAGGAGCACAGAAAGGCACUGGAAGAGGAGGAGAUGGAGCAGGUGGGACAGGCAGAGCAUCUAGAGGAAGAACACGACCCUUCACCAGAAGAGCAGGAUCGGGACUGGCACAAUCAGCAGGGACAGAAUGCAGCCCACCUUCUGGAUGGCCACCCUCAAGCUGAGGUGGAGCAUUUAACCAAGGCAGCUACAAACUUUCGAUCCCCAUAUGAGGAACAGUUGGAACAGCAGAGGCUGGCAGCAAGGAGAGAUGAGGAAGCCCAGCGUCUGAGAGAACAUCAGGAAGCUUUGCACCAACAGAGGCUCCAUGGACAGUUUCUACGACAGCAGCAGCAGCAGCAGUUCCUGGACAGAGAGUUGGCACAGCAGAGGCGGCCAGACCAUGAGGAGGGCCAACAGCAGCAUCAGGAGCAACUAAGGCAGCAAGCUCAUUACAAUGCUGUGGACAGUGACAUCGCACAGGGAGCUGAGGACCAGGGGAUCCCUGAAGAAGAGGGAGGUGCCUAUGAAAGAGAUAACCAACGCCAGGAUGAAGCUGAAGGAGACAUCAGACAGGAACUUCAUGAACCAGGACACCAAGAAGGCGACCCUGAAGCUGAAGCAGAUAGGGCCGCUGCGGAGGAUAUAAACCCAGCAGAUGACCCUAACAAUCAAGGUGAAGAUGAAUUUGAGGAAGCCGAGCAAGUGAGAGAAGAAAAUUUGCCAGAGGAAAGUGAAGAGCAAAAACAAAGUGAAGCGAAGCGAGGGAAUGUAGAAAUGGAUGAGCACUUGGUGAUGGCAGGGAAUCCAGACCAGCAGGAGGAUAAUGUUGAUGAGCAGUACCAGGAAGAAGGAGAGGAAGAGGUUCAGGAAGAUCUGACUGAAGAGAAAAAAAGAGAAUUGGAGCAUAAUGAAGAGACCUAUGGUGAAAAUCCUGAUGAUAAGAAUAAUGAUGGUGACGAUCAAGGAGUUCACAACGGGGCGCAUCCCAAAGGAAGACAGGAGCAGUAUGAGGAGGAGGAAGAUGAGGAAGACGGGGCCGCUGUUGCUGAGAAAUCACAUCGUAGAGCUGAAAUGUAACUGGACCCAGUUUCUAGACUGUGUUCGGCCAACAGUUUUUUUUUUUCUUUUCAAGCUGCUCUAAAACAGAUCCCGCCUACUGAAUUCUAGAGUAUUUAAUUACAUACAAGAGUAAGGGUUUAGACUUUUUUAACUUUUUUAUUAGAAAUGCUAUACAUUUAUAUGAAUAUAUUUUGAUACCUUAGGUGAGAACUUCUUUUAUAGUCAAGUUAAACAUGGACAAGAAGAAAAUCAGUAAGACUUGCCUUCAGGUGUGAAUCUCAUUUCUCAGCGAUGGUAGGAUGAUGUGCUUGGCUUUUGUGCAUGUCUCCAUUUUGUUUCCUGGCUUCCAGCUGGUCUACUGUUUAUCUCAGAUAAAAUGCAGGAUAUAGAAGAAAAGGUGUACUGAAAACACUGUGCAAAUGGCAAGGGAAUGGCUGGAGGACUAGGCUGGUGGCCUGGUGGCUGUUCUUGCAGAUUCUUAUGUACAACUCUGAAAAGAUGUCACUACUGCAGAGUGUUGGCAAAUGAGGUCCGUCUGCACAGUUACCAUGCAAUUAGAAAGCUUGUGUGUGUGUGUGUGUGUGUGUGUGUGUGUGUGUUAGAGCAAAGACAUUGUUUUUCAAACUUUCAGGCCAGUUAGAAGAAUACCUAGCAAUGCUUAAAAAUCACAGCUCUCUUGCUUGAGAGGAGUCAAGUAUGAAUGUUGAAUAGUAUUAAUACCCCUAUGGAAGUAUCUUAGACUCAGUUCUGUCAGAGAAGCCAAAGGAGCUGACACACUUAGAAAACAAUGUAGGAUGUGUGAUGAUGCUUCCUGGGUGAACUCCCAGUCUCCAUCACUUCUUCUCUAAAGUCUCUCAGUUACAUGCUCAUUAGUAUCCACUUUCUACAGCAUAUGUUUCUCUCAAGCUCUGUGCCUUGGUAUAUAACCGUUCGGUUCACAAUUAUGGAUAGGGAAGCAUGCAAAGCUACAGUUUAAUGGGAUUAUUUUUCAGAAUAUAUGGUAAAAUAUCUAUAGCACUAUGGUAGGCACUUCACCCUUAGCGGCUUGACUAUUUACCCAGAAUUGACCUGCCUUUGCCUAUGUACGAGGCAUUCUAAUGACUAAAAAAAAAAAAAAAAAUACAGCCUUUAAAAGAAAACUCAAACUGGAAAUUUUUUUCUGGAAAUGAGCACAUAUUUUAGUUUAGAUCACAGAUAGUGUCAAACACAUUGAACUGGGCCACAGUUAAUCUGUAUGUGGUACUUUCAAAAUAAUAAAAGCAAAUUUCAUUUUCUGUUAUUAUCAUAUGAGGUAGUUUUAGUUUUUAAUAACCACACUCAUGUAUGGUUUUGAUUUUCUCAUCUGAGCAAUUAUGUAUUUAUGCAUAGAAAUGUUCUGUUUAAAGUUAGUUUGGAUUUCCAGUAACCAUAAAUCAAAUCUCAUCUUUAUGUAUAAAAACUCCAUAUGUAAUGUAAAAUGUAUUAUAUUGUACAUAAUACUCAGAAUACAAUUAUUUUGGUAAAUUAGUUUGUAUUUUUAAUGUCCCUUUGCAGUAUUUAAUUAUUUGAAACAUAUUGAAACUUGGGUAAUAAUCAAUAAAGCUAUAAAAAGUUAAGGGUAACUCUUUUAAAGCAUAUAAUUUCUUAGUGGUUUGUUUGUGUUCUAUGGUUUUACUUUAUAGGACAAUAUGAAUUAAUGAAUUAUUAAAUGCCUUCAUCAAACUG